AUGGACGGCGAGUCGCCCGAGGUGCGGUCGCUCGAGACGCCGACCGAUGGCUCGAUGACCGAGCGCACGCGGGGCACGUAUGGCGGUCGCCAGCGCUGGCUCAUGCCCGGUACGCUCGACGGCAACCAGAGCAUUGCGUCGCCCAAGAAGAGCACGUCCAAGAGCAAAGUCACCGCGCCGUCCGUGCAGUCCUUCCUCGGCACGCUGGGGAUUGGCAUCGGCGACGACCUCCAAAUGGUCGACCGCGAAGCCAACGAAGUCGCUGCGUAUCGUCGGGAAUUCGACUUGAUCCGCAAUGCCAACACCCGCAAGGAGGCCGAGAUCAAGAAAAUUGAAGAAGCGCUGCAGGAAGCCUCGUCGCUCCUCUCGAGCCGCAAGAUGGACGGCAUGGCGUUCCAAACCAAGGCCAUCAACUUGGAGAACCGGGCGUCGUCGAUCGAGAACAAGCUCGAAGACGAGCUCGCGGAUCGAGGCGUGUACAGCCACAUGAUUCAGCGGCUCGCACUCGAGGUGCAAGACGCGGGCGCGAUGGCGCUGCAGACGGCGCGGCAAGAGAAAUGCACGGCCGAGACGACGCAGAAGAAGCUCGUCAAGCAGCUCCAAGACCUCCGCGACGAAAACAGCCGCGCGAUCGAGGACAUGGAGAGCGCGAUCGAGAUGACGCGCAAGAAGCAGAAAUGA